AGCCUGCAGCAGGACUGGGUGGGCUGCAAGGUCUCUUCCAACCCCAGCCAGUCUGUGAUCUGUCUGUUCAGUACAGUGAGGCCAAACACUAGAGCUUCACUCUAGUGUUUGGCUGAUUAGACUGAUGUGUUUUUUCUUGGACAGAGACGAUGUUCCCCCCCCUCAGAGUAUGUUAUAUAAAAAUUGUAUUGAUGUGACCUUGGAACUUUACAAAUAUUCUUUGACUUUGCUUGGAAGGGCUGACCCUUCUCCCUGCUCCUGGCGUUUCCCGACAGCCGCGGGGCCGUGCGUAGCGUGGCAGGGAUGAGCGGAGCGCAGGGGCUCCAUGUGAGCGAGGGGUACCAUCUGUGGCUUCAGUGACUGGAAUCUCGCGAAAAUGCCAAUUAAGGCCCUCUCAAACGAUGCUGUGUGGGUGUAAGGAUGCCUUACAAGUUGCAGACGAGGCUGGUUCUUCCAUUUCCUUACUUAAUCACGUUUUUCUCUGAGUGCGGCACCCCGCCGUUUCACCGGCGCUCCCUUAAGCCAGCGCUAAGCCGACGGCAGGCCGCGCGGCCGCCUCAAGUCCCCUGCAACGCCCCGGCCGCUGGGCUCGGCGGGCCGCCCUUCGGAGCGCAGCCGCCACCUCCCCGCCCACCGCUCGGCCCCCCUGCGCCGCCCCGGGGCUCUUCGGCGGCGGCAGCGGUACCUCAGAACUGAGUUACCAAUAUAGUGACCAUACAGGAUGAAAAGAAAAGAAGUGCCCAUUUUUCAGAUGCCCAAGUUUGUUCUGUGAAACAGUGUUCUGCUGUGAAAAAUGAAAGAAUCUUUCUAGACACUGUUAAAGGUAGCUGAUAGACUGAGAAAAAUGCUUUGUUUGAGGCAAGUUCGCUUGUCUGCACUGAGACAUUACCAAGCCCGAACUCUGAGCAGCGAUCUGCUGCUGAGCCAGAUAAAUAACUGUACCCAUGAAGAUGAAGUGUUCAGCCUUGUUGGCAAGAACAAGGCCAGGCUUUCUGAAAAGCAUGUGGGAAUUGCAUUGAAUGUGUUAUGGCAGUUGCAGAAGAAGAAGCCACUUCUCUUAAGGACUAUUGACUAUGUAAGAAAUCACUCCCAGUUUCUAACUCUUUGCUUUUUAGCAGAAAACAAAGUAGAACACAUGGAUAAUGAGGCAAUAGUGGACACUCUGUAUAGUAUACUGAGGCUCAGUGUGGAAAGCCAUGAUUCCUUGGCAGGAGUGCUCGUUACAGAAGCAUGGAAAAGAUUAGAAAGCCUUAGUUUACCAGCUUUGUCUAAAUUUGCACUGUGUUUACACAAGCAGCGCAGACAUUUUAGUCCCCUAACUGGCAAAAUAGCACAUCUUGUGGACAUGAAACUGGAUUCUGUACAGGAUAUAAGGAUCUUGUCAGUUUUGAUGAUCAGUAUAUCUGGUGUCAUCUCACGGAGUUUUCAGGACCGAUUACUACAGAAGGUGGAACAACUAUUGGGAGAAGAAGUCCACUUCAACUACGCCAAAAGAAUUGUACAGUUUCUUCAACUUAGUAAACUGACAUAUCCUUCUUUGCUAGAAAAAUGCAACAAGAUUUUCUUAAAAAGCGCCUCUCAUCUUGAUUUAGACAAUAUUAGUCUUAUUUUUGGACUGUAUGAGCAGCUGGGUUUUGACAAUGCGGAGUUCUGCUUGACUGCUAAACAGCUGCUGUCUGAAUCAAUAGAUGAUUACCAUGAUCCUGAAGCCUUUGCAAAAUUAUUUUUUGUUCUUGGGCCUAUGGCUGGGUCCAAGGUAAGAGAAAGGUUGCUAACAACUGCAGCACUCAUCGCAGAAGGAUUUAGCAGUCAUCAAGCAUUAGUGAUACUGAAGACAAUGCAGAAAAUGAAAUGUAGACAUUCUCACCUGCUUGAAAAAAUGGUUUCUGUUCUGCACAGACACUUGGAUAGCUAUCAUGUAUUGCAGUUGGUAAAGUUAACACAGUGCUUGGUGUUGUUGCGUUGCCAUGAUCAGGAGUUGUUUGCCAAGCUGAAAAUGUUGUUAUUAGGUUUUCUAAAAUCUAGUGUCAUACCUGCUGAUACUGCUGCAAUAAUUCGCACACUGGCCAUGCUUCCAUCCUCUCAAAUGGAGGAAAUCAUUAUAAACAAAGCAACAGCAGUUCUACCUCAAUGCAGGCUCCAGAACCUCAGUUGCAUUGCUACAGCUCUUGUCAAAUGGAAUCAUUAUGACAAGUUACAAUGGCAAAACACUUCUGAGCUACAUGUAAAGCUUCUGCAAAAACUAAAUGACUGUGGAUUUCAGAGACUUCAGAAAGCCAGGAACUUAAAUCUCCUGUUGGAAGAACUCACACAUGUGAAUGGAGAGUGGUUGCAGGAAGUCAUCAGUGAGGAGACUGUGGCUGCAUGUCGACGUUUGAUAGAUCAAGUAACAAGGGCAAAUGUGUUACAGUUGUCUUUUUUUCUCAUAAAAACAAACCAUCGCUGUCCUUUGUUACUUAACAGAAUAGCAUCUGUGACUGUUCAAAAUAUAAACAAGAUCCACCCACUGGAAAUGUAUUUCAUUCUCUAUCUUUUCUCUGUUCUGAACUAUGAUCCUCCUGCCAAUGAAGAGUUCUUUCAAAGUUGUAUCCAACAUCUGACUUCUAACUUGAGUUGUUUUGAAACUCAUCACUUGGUGCUGCUGGGUUACAUUUUGGCAGUAGCUGGAUAUUUUCCUCCAGCUCUCAUAAAGACAGUAUUUGAUGUUUCUUUCCUAAGCAGAUUGGAUGCUCAUCUUGAAGUCCUGUCUGAUACCUUAAGGCAGAAGGUCCGCUCACGGCUUAUGAAACUGAACAGAGCAGUCUGUCUGGAAUGUCCAGAGUUUCACAUCCCUUGGUUUCAUGAGCACUAUUUCCAGCGUGUCUCGUGUAAAGGCAUUAGCCGAAUAAAUCCACUGCGACAGCAUGUUCACAGAAUGCUGGCAGAGAUCUUAGGAGGGAGCCAUUAUGCAAGAGUAUCUGUUCUCACACCAUACUACUAUGAAAUAGAUUUUGAAUGCAUUCUGGAUAAAAAUAAAAAGCCUCUUUCUUACGUGGCUCAGAAUAUACUUCUGGAUGAUUUGAGGGGAAUACACCUGAGACAUGACAUCAAGGAUGAAGACAGAAAGGCAUUGCCACAAGGGGCUCAGAGAAUUGCUUUGGAAUUUCUUGAUUCAAAAGCUUUUAGUAAAGAUUCACGCCACCUGAAAGGAGAACCUGCAGUGAAAAAACGACACCUGGAAAUACUGGGGUACCGGGUCAUUCAGAUUCCUCACUUUGAAUGGAAUUCUAUGGUUCUGUCCACAAAACCUGAGCAGCUUGAGUAUCUGAGAAAACGUCUGUAUGAAGCUCAGUGAUACCAAAAAUGUAAUUACAAGUA